AUGGGAGGACAGAUUCAUUUCUUCUUAAUAUGUGUGUAUUUUAGCGCUUCGGUAAAAUGUACAUUACCAGGAUCUGUGUUACAGCAGCGAUUCGUUAAAAGUAAUUUUUUGCCAACCUCUUCUUGCGUUGAGGUCACUAACCAAACCGAAAGCUCCUUGCUCUGCUCGGCGAUUUGUCUGAAGACCCAUAGGGAUAAUGUUGUCUCCAGUCGCCAUGUUGUCUCCACAAGAUGUGUCUGUUGUAGACGUCUGUUAACAGGGACACAGUUGUCCGACAAUGAGAGGACCACGUAUCAACAAGAUGGAGCCAAUGUUGUGUAUUCAUAUUGCCCAACGGAAUACAUUGAUGUCAAUUCUUCAAUGGUCAGAACCUGUCUUAGGUUGGAGUUGAUGGCAAAAACUUACAGCGACGCAGCUUUAGGCUGUCAGCGGGAUGGAGGGGAUUUAAUCCGAAUUGACUCUGCUGAGAAGUAUACCAUAUUUCAGCAAUUUAUCGCCGGUAAUGCAUCACUCACUCUUGAUGAUGUUUGGAUUCAAAGCUUCAAGGACGCGAGUAAUGUUUGGAGAUUCCAUGACAGCACAAACAACACCGACUACAACAACAACACCAACUACCACAACUACACCGACAGCAACAACUACACCGACAACUACCACAACACCGACAACCACAACACAGACUACCACAACACCGACAACAACAACACAGACUACCACAACACCGACGACAACAACACAGACUACCACAACACAGACUACCACAACACGGACAACUACCACAACACCGACAACCACAACAACACCGACGACUACAACAACACCGACUACCACAACAACACCGACUACCACAACUACACCGACAACUACCACAACACCGACAACCACAACAACACCGACGACUACCACAACACCGACGACUACAACAACACCGACAACCACAACAACACCAACAACGACUACUACACCGACAACGACUACAACACCGACUACAACUACAACACCGACAACGACUUCAACAACACCGACUACCACAACAACACCGACAACCACAACAAAACCGACUACCACAACAACACCGACAACCACAACAACCCCUACUACAACAACAACGCCGAAAACCUCAACAACACCAACAACGACUACUUUACCAACUACCUCAACAAAACGGACUACAACUACAACGCCGACUACCACAACAACACCCACUUCUACAACAACACCGACCACUACUACAACACCGACGACGACUUCCACGAACGCUACAACAUCAGUGACUACAAAGAAGCCAUCUACAACAACGAUGCCUACUCCCAAAAUUACUCUCCCUCCGUCUUUAGCGACAACUCAGAAAAUAACCCUACCUCCUUCACAGUCCACCAAAUCAACGACAUCGCCAACGACAACAAAGCCAUCAACAACAACUGGUUGUCCUCCGUUCCCACCAAGCUGUCCUGGACCGUGUGGUAACUUUGACCCCGUGACCUUUUGUCCGACUUGUGAUUACAGCAUUUGUGGCAUGACACCACCUCCCGUCAGCGCCACCACUUCCUCUAAAUGUCCCGCCAUGUUCUGCGUUCUGAACUGUCCAAACGGAUUCAAGAAAGAUCCCAAUGGUUGUGACAGGUGUGAAUGUUUCUAAAAACAGGAUGACUAAAACCCGAGUCUCUCUUUGACUUUUCAUCCUUCUAAGAUGAGGUGAAACUUCACUUGGGUCUCUUUUUGUGUUUUGUUACUUUUGUUGUUUUUUGUUGUUCUUGGAAAAUAAAAUCUUAAAAAAUAA